UAUGUGGAGCUGCUGUGUAAAUGUGCACAUAGUAGCCCCACAUUUUAACAGGGGAAGGAGGUGGAGCAGUGGUUGCAGGAGCCAGCCACCUCCCAAAGCCAGCUGCUAUGUGCGCAGUCAUGCAGCAGUGAGCUAUGGGAGGCAGUUGGCAGCUGCGAUCACUUGUUCCCACCCUUCCUCCCAGAAGGCAGCAUUUGACAAUACAGAAAACAGGUCGUGCAACCAUGGAUCAUCAAAGCACCAUUGUAGGGAAAGGUCAAGAAGAAUUACAAAACACCUUGACAGACUCAAGAUGGCAGAGGCAUACUCCUUGUCCUUCCAUACUGAGGGGAGCAUCCCAAAAACUGACAUGGAGACUGGCUACAAGUUGCAAAAAACAAUUAUGAUUGUAUCAAUUCCAAUCUGCACUUUAGGAUUGCUUGGGAAUGGAAUUGUCCUCUGGCUUCUGUGUUUCCGGAUCAAAAAAACUAAUUUCACUGUCUAUUUCCUCAACAUGGCAGUUGCUGAUCUUAUGGUACUCUUCUACUAUAUUGUAGUUUUCAUUUUAUUUUUGAAUGCAGUUCCCGUCAGCCUGUUCUAUUUACAUAUUGUGGAGCUGACACAUGCAUUUGGGUUCAAUGCCAGCACCUAUAUUCUAACAGCUAUCAGUGCUGAAAGGUACUUCAUGGUUUUUUAUCCAGAAUGGUAUAAGCUUCACCGACCAAAGUAUCUCUCAGAAAUUAUGUGUGCUCUUUUGUGGAGUUUGUCCUGCCUGAUGUCUGUGGUGUUAUAUUUGGCCUGCUAUCUACAAUUCGACCCAUCGCUCACUGAAGUUAAUUCGAGUUGUGGGCCUACAAAAAACAUUCCGAGUGAUUGUCAACCUCCUGGUUUUUCUCCCUAUGAUGGUCCUUUCCACAUUGCUCCUUUUUAUCAGAAUGCUGAGAACAGAAAGUUCUCCAGAAAGAAUUGACGUCACCAUUGUGGCCACCAUUCUGUUGUUUCUCUUCUUUGCUGCCUCAGUCAGGAUUAUUGACAUCAUAGCAGAGCGGGUCCACGAAAUACACAUACCUGUGGUCUUCCUAAUUUUGCAUUUCCUUGAUGCUAUUGACAGCAGCGGGAACCCUUUUGUAUAUUUUUGUGUUGGCUAUACAAACAUGCCGGUUGACAGUGACUACUCCAUCCAAAAAAUUGUUGAAAGGGCUUUCUUGCUUGAGGAAAACACCGUAAGCUGGGCCCCAGGAACAUAAUGAAAAAGGAUUAUAUACAGAGGGAAGAAUUACAUGUAUGGGACUGUUGGUUAGUAUUCCUAUCUCUUAAAUAAACGUAUUGCAGAUA